CUGUAAAUAUAAAAUCAACUUUGUAUUGAAUCUACAAUCAAAAAUAUUUACAAUUUAAUAUUUUAUUUUGUUAUAAUUAGUAUUUUAAAUUUUUUGUGAAAUUUUUGGAUUCCCCUAAAAUGCAUUUGACGACGUAUCAGCACGAUUUCAUAAAACCUAACAAUAAACGUUAUGAUUUCCUGAAAGAAAACCGCACAAAUUCUCGAGAAAAUUUGGAAUGUAUUUGUGAUAGUGUAACUACCACCGAAAAGGAUCAAAAUACUACUGCAAAGCACGGAACAGUUGAAUGGACUGGGAUAGCUCCCAUGGGGCGUUUGAUUGAUCCCCGAAUUAUACCAACAAAGUUCGCACCUGAUCAAGUUCAGGCCAUAGCAAAUGACCAGCAAGAUGAUUGCAAUAAACAACAACCCAAUCGUUUUUUGAAAAUAUUGCGAACUGUAUACCCUGACCUCUACGAAAGAUUGCAAAAUAUGCCCAAAGAUGAGCUAAAUAGGCGCCUGGAAGAGAACCGCUUAUACACGACCUAUCAAAUAGAUUUUUGUAAUAUACAAGAAUAUCCAGAAGGUAUAUAUAAAUCUCUUAAAGAGGAAGAUGAAACAAGCAAAUUGAAUGCUAGAAAAUUGUUGACAAAGAAAGAACCUUGCUCCGAGUUCAGAACUAAUGUGAUGGAGGAAUUAAACAAGCAGAUGAACAGUUCCGAUCAAUGUGUUAAAGCAUAUAAGCCAUUUAAAAUAUCAUUUGCGGAUUCAAACCGCUUUAUUAACUCGGGUAACAAUUCCCAUUGGCGAGGUGGAGAUGUUUUCAAGAAAAAAGCAAACUUUACAGAAUAUAUGGAUACCAUAAACAAAAUUGGAUGUGUCAUUAUGAAAAAUAAUUUGCACGAUCACCGCAAGUGUAGCGGUAAGCAUUGUCGGCAUCAGCUUGUUCAUACUUGUACAAAAAAUAUGUAAACAAAAAUGUGUAAAAAACAAUUUAAGAAAAUAAACUUCCGCUUUAAGGGAAAUAUUUGCUUACCUCUA